UGCCGGUGCAUUGUGGGAUUGGUUUCCAGCAGCAGCACUAGUAGCAGUGGAGCUGGUGCGCCGCCGUUCACUCUGCACCACCACCUCCGCCCGCACCCUUCAGCUUCCGCACAGCCGCGCGCCUCCGCCGCAGAUAAUUCCCGCUAACGGAGUCUUCGUGCAUCCUCGGGAGUCAUGUCCAUGUUCGGCGUCGUCGCCAAGCAGCUCAAGUCCCACCCGGCGCUGAUCCCGCUCUUCAUCUUCAUCGGUGGGGGGGCCACCAUGAGCAUGCUGUACCUGGGCCGUCUGGCUCUGAAGAACCCCGACGUCUCGUGGGAUCGUAAGAACAACCCAGAGCCCUGGAACAAGAUGGAGCCCAACCAGCAGUACAAGCUGUUCACAAUUAACAUGGAUUACUCCAAGCUGAAGAAGGACAGGCCAGAUUUCUAAACCUACGUCCACGACAGGACGAGCAAAUGCACUUUUUUUUGUUUUUUGCCAAAUAAAACAAAUGAAUGUUUUACCUAAAAGUGACUAUAAAUAAACCAGACAACCACCUGCUGUAAUAAUCUGGGGAUCCAUGUUUCUGUGUUGUAAAUUAUUAAAUAAUAUUUUAAACCUAA